UGGAGCAAGAGGAAGCUUGAGAUAUCGGGAGAGAAGACCCUGUGAGAGAGAUUAUCAUCACUAAAGAGAACUCCAAGCCAGAGAGAGCAUCGGAAGCCAUGGAAGGACAGUGUUAUCCCCAUGAGUAUCAAUCCAUUUUGAGGGGGUCUGAUUCACCAGCAAUUCACGCUAACAUCCCCCUGGAGAAACUGUAUGAUCAGCUCUGUGCUGGUGUUUUCUUAAACAAUAGGACCGUGAAAUACUGGGUGGAAAAGAAAUCGAUGACGAAUUGCUUCAUGAAAUAUGCACGGGACCUCUCCAUCGCUUUUUCUGACGACCCCUCUUGCUGGAAAUGGGUGACCGAGGAAGAUGCAUCCAGCGACGGGGUCCUGGUGGAAAUGGCCGAGCUGCUCAAAGUGCGCUGGCUGGAUGUGCGCGGCAAGUUCGACCUGUCGAACCUGUCCCCGGCGACGACCUACGAGGCGGUCUUCGUGAUCAAGCUAAAAUCGUCGGGUUACGGGUGGGAGGUUCCGGUGAACUUCGGGGUGACUCUCCCGGACGGGACCAAGAAAGAGCACAAGGUGAAUCUGAAGGAGAAGCCGAAGGAUCAAUGGAUAGAGAUCAAAGCGGGAGAGGUGAGCACAUCAGAGUAUAAGGAGGGGCAGAUGGAGGUGUUCAUGUACGAGCAUAGUGACCAUUGGAAGAGCGGGCUUGUCCUCAAGGGAGUUCUCAUUAGGCCCAAAAACUACAUAAAUAAAUAGAUAAAUAAAUAAAUAAUCAACCUCAUGAGAUUAUGUAAAAGUGCCUAAAAGAAAGAAUCGUUAUAUUUGUAAUAAGCACUUCAGUUGGUGGGGUUGCCCUUAUUAGUGCUUUUUCUAGUGUAAUUUCCCAUGGUCAUUUCAAUAAAAAUGAGUGGUCUCUUUGGGUUAAAUGUUAAUGAGAAUAAAUUUUGCAUUUACAUUUGGGGAGAAAAAAAAUGCGACCGUCGAAAUAAUAUUCGUGGAAAUUAGUACCGUUA